AUGGCUACAAUAACUCUAUCCAAGCUCCUGGAUCUGUCUGUUGGAACACCAGAAGUAGGCGCCGUAAAUUUCAACCUAUUAUAUCGACUUCUUCGUGUUAUGUUGAAAAAAUUAGAACUGGUGGAUCAUGAAAUGCGUAUACAUGAUCUUGAUAAAGAUUUUACCAGUUCAAAACUUUUGGCUUUGACCACAGAUACCACACAGCCUACAUCGUCACCAUAUCAUGAACUGGAAAGAAAGGUUUUAUGGAUCACAAAGCAGAUGGAACAACUUUGCGCACUGCCAACGACGAUGGAGCUGAGUGAACAAGUUCGGACCCAUGAAGAUGGUGAAAAGCCCUUGUCAGAAAUGUGGCAGUAUAUCAAAUUGAAGAAACACGUGGAAGCCAACGAAGAGGGAAUUAACAAGUUAUUGACCAUUACAGCAGAUAUAAUGAAGAAAAUAGAUGAAUUACUUGCAAGCAACCUAUCCGUACUUGAAAAAAUUGGGAAUGUUAAUCUUAAAAAUUUAUUUGAUAAGAUCAGUGAAAUAGAGCUAGCAAUAAGCAUGCUAAAUGAUCGCUAUAGUCAAAUAAAUCAACCUGAUUACUUGAGUCAGUUUGUAACGUGGAAUAUGUUAGAAGAUAUUUUAAGUUCUAUGAGCAUCGGUCCCUCUGCCGAUCUGCUAGAUAUUUUAGAUCGUCUUGGAACACUGUAUGAUCAGCAUAACAAGUUGAUAAGGUUUGUGAAAUCCAUCGAUGAACUAUUAAAAGAAAAGGCCGAAAUGGAUCAUUUAAACAGAUUAAACGAAAGAUUGGAUGAUCAGCUUACUAUGGUCCGAGACAAGAUAUCUGAAUUGGAUGGAGACUUGAAAUUAAUGGCAAGAGGUGUCGAACUUGCUAUACAACGAGUUAAAGACGUUGAUAGUACAUCCAAAUUGAAACAAAGCACAAGUAAUGCUAAGAGUGCUGCUGUUUUAGAUGGAGAAACUCUACAGCGUGCGCAAAAUGCUAUACUGGAAUUACAAGGUGAAAUUGAUUGUCUCCAAGCCACGACACACAACAUCAUUCGAACCAAUACUCUAAGACAACACCAGAUUGAAGAUAUCAUGCAAACAAGCAAAGAACUCUACGAGGGAAAAGCCGAUAAAGACUAUGUCUUAGGCGAAUUCGACGUAAAGGCCGAUAAACGCCUUUUAGAAAGUAAAGUAAACCAUAGUCUAUUCAACAAAGCUACAGAUGAAAUCAACAAGAUGAUUAAAGAAGUUGAAGUUAAGUUGGAAGGAAACGAGAGCUCCAUGAAUAAUCUUUUCCAUCAGUUAACAGAAGAUGUGGACGGCAAACUUGAUAGGCUAGAAAUGGAUCCACUAAAGGGUUGGGUGGAAUCCCGAUUAAAAGAGUUAAACCAGAAGAUUGCCAAGUCACAACCCGGUUGGUCUGAUAAUGAUGCAGCAGGUUUACGUAAGCAGUUAAUUCAAAGAUUCCAUUGUCUUUCUUGUGAUAAAAGUAUCAAUAUGAUGCCGAAAAAUCCAAUACCUUCUUUGCCAUCGCAGGCCAGUAUGUCAAACACGCGAUCACCAAGGCCAUACACUAUAUUUGAACUAAAUCAAAUUAGGCAACAUUCGUCUAAAGGAAUCAUUAACCAGAACAUUAUGAAUUUUGAACGCGCUCUACUAGAGAGACAACUUGCCAGAAUCCGAAAAUCAGACGUACGAGCCUUCAUCGUCCACUAUUCCAAUGAACUGGAAUCCUUGGGAUUAAGAAAAAGCGUUGCUUUUGCUAGAAACCAAGACGUCAGUGAUUACUACGCAAGGACGAGGGCUUGUGGUGGUCUUCAUACGAUGACUUUCCCACAUAGAAGAACUAUCCGUAUUACUGGACUCAAUAGAAUAGUAAGUGAGGAGGAUUUGAAGCAGAACAAUAUACCCGAAACUUAUCAGCAAUGUGGUGAAGAGGCAGACGUCCUGGGAGCAGAUGGUAUCAUCUACAAAGGUCGAUUGCAGUUUUAA